GUAAGUUGUGGGGUAAUUACAGGCACUUUUUAAAUUUCAUCAGCUUUCUUCGGGCCAUUGUUGCCGGUGAGGAACCCCCCGCAUGACGUGCGCUUUUGUUUCCAAGAUCCCACCCAUGAUCUUUGCGCGGCGGGGGUGCAUGAGGGGGGGUUGGCGGCACGUUCUUCUUCUUUCGUUCAUUUUUUUUUUCGUUUGAAGCCCCGCCCCGCGCCCCCCCCGGUUUUCCGGCAUCGGGUCCGAGGAUCCCACCCUCGUCAACCCCCACGCUCAGUUUCAACCCGAAUCUGCUGCUGCCGUCGGUUCUGUUAUGGUAUCCUCUUUGCUCUCUCGGCGUAACAGUGCAGCAGCGAACCCUUCCGCAAUCGGCCUCUUCGCACUUGGAGCCGCAUACACAAAUCUACCCCACACUUUGUGUCACGCGGCAAUUUGGCUGGCCAAUCGCGUGCGCGGAUGGAAGUUUGGAACCGACUUGAAAAAAAAAGGAAACGAGCAGUUCGCAACAGGGCAGGGAAGCCAGAAGCGGUGGGGAAUGACUGCCGGGAGCAGCCAGGGAUAUAAGCAGCCGGAGCGGUUGUGGUUGCCUUCCGAGAAACCCCAUGCCCUCGCGCGGAGGAAGGCAGGUACAAUAUGCGGGUCGAAGAGGGUGCCAGCUUGUCAGACGUCCUCGUUGGUCGCUUACAGUAAGGUGGUUGCGCUACGGAAAUCUGAAUGCGUGGGGGGUCUCGCUGGAGUGCGCAGAUUGAGGUUGGCCGACGGAGUGCGGGUUGGGGUGGCUUCUGAUUCUGUUGCAAAACCCCCCCGCGUCAAUUCUGGCUUGUAGCGCACCCCUUCCUCUACCACCUGACACAUGUAGUAACGGGAACACCAUCCACCCAAAAUCACGAGUAUGCACAGGACAGAAUCUGGGUAUCAUUUCCAU